AUGUUCAAGCAGUCGGCGCUCCCGCGUACCCUGCGGGCCACCCGCGCGGCCGCGAUCCAGGCCCGUGGCCUUGCGACCCCCGCCGAGACCCCGGUCCGCCACUACGGCGGCCUCAAGGACCAGGACCGCAUCUUCCAGAACCUGCUCCGCACUGGUGACCCUUACCUCAAGGGCGCACUCGCGCGCGGCUCUUGGCACAAGACCAAGGAGAUCCUCCUCAAGGGCGACACAUACAUCAUCAACGAAAUGAAGACUUCGGGUCUCCGUGGCCGUGGUGGUGCCGGAUUCCCCUCGGGCCUCAAGUGGAGCUUCAUGAACAAGCCGGGAUGGGAGAAGGACCCCCGGCCACGCUACCUCGUCGUCAACGCUGACGAGGGUGAGCCGGGAACCUGCAAGGACCGCGAGAUCAUGCGCGGUGACCCCCACACCCUUGUCGAGGGCUGCCUCGUCGCCGGCCGUGCCAUGAACGCCACCGCGGCUUACAUCUACAUCCGUGGCGAGUUCAUCGAGGAGGGUCACGCCAUGCAGCGCGCCAUUGACGAGGCGUACGGUGCUGGCCUCAUCGGCAAGAACGCCUGCGGCUCUGGAUACGACUUUGACGUCUACCUCCACCGCGGCGCCGGUGCUUACAUCUGUGGCGAGGAGACUGCGCUGAUCGAGUCGCUCGAGGGCAAGCAGGGCAAGCCUCGUCUCAAGCCCCCCUUCCCGGCCGACGUCGGUGUCUUCGGAUGCCCCUCGACCGUCGCCAACGUGGAGACCGUCGCCGUCGCGCCCACCAUUCUCCGCCGUGGCGGUGCUUGGUUCGCUGGCUUUGGCCGUGACCGCAACCAGGGCACCAAGGUGUACUGCGUCUCAGGUCACGUCAACAACCCCUGUGUCGUCGAGGAGGAGAUGUCGAUCCCCCUCCAGGAGCUCAUCGAGAAGCACUGCGGCGGUGUCCGUGGCGGCUGGGACCAGCUGAAGGGUGUCAUCCCCGGCGGUUGCUCCGUUCCCAUCAUCACCCGCCCCGUCGCCGAGCAGUGCCUCAUGGACUACGACUCGCUCAAGGACAACGGCACCUCGCUCGGCACAGGUGCGGUCAUCGUCAUGGACAACACGACCGAUGUUAUCCGCGCCAUCGCUCGCUUCUCCCAGUUCUACAAGCACGAGUCUUGCGGCCAGUGCACUCCCUGCCGCGAGGGCACGACCUGGAUGAUGAACAUGAUGAACCGCAUGGUGGAGGGUAGGGCUAGAGAGAGGGAGAUCGACAUGUUGCUGGAAAUUACCAAGCAGGUUGAGGGCCACACCAUUUGCGCUCUUGGUGACGCCGCCGCUUGGCCGAUUCAGGGCCUCAUGAAGAACUUCCGCCCAGAGGUUGAGCAGCGCAUCGCCGAGUUCCACGAGAAGAACGGCCAGACGCUCUUUGGCGGCCAGCUCAAGUCGGAGGUCGACUACUCCCGGGCUGUGCCUGAUAACCUCGGCGGCGAGGUUCCUCUGGUCCAGGCCCCGGCAGCAUAG